UUCGCGGGCAUGAUUUUGUCAAUCGCGAUUGACGCAGUCUAAAUAUUCCAAGACAAUCUCAUAAGAAUAAAGAUUUUAAAUCUACAUGCACAUUUUUUUAAAUCUCAUAUUUUCUCUCAGUUUUAGCAUUAUUGAAACUGAUUAAUCCCUCUUCAAGCGGUGCGUGAUGUUAUUCGAGAUGCACUUUACGGUGAAGAACAUGUGUGCUAAAAAGUUUCGUCGCGCGAUCAUCAAACUGUAGUGCAUCUACAGAAUCAUUCGCGGGAUCCUUAAUCGGCGAGAGGGUGGUCCAGCUCGAAGCAAUCUCUGCGAAGAGUCCUGCGUGUACGAGUUCCCGACGAUGGAUUCUCAGCAGCUGGUUGACACGGCUUCUCAAAACAGUCAGGACAUAGUCUUACCAAAACCGACCAGCAGCACCCCGAGACACAGCAUCGAUGCGAUACUCGGAUUGGCCAAUCAUAAAAGAAGUCAUCAGGAGAUGGAGGACACAAAUCGCGAUGCGCAAGAAAAUACUGGUGAGAACAGCUGCAACUCCACCGGCGGCGGCAGCGACGAGGAACUCGGCGCAGGCUGCGGGGAGGACAUAAACGGCAACGGGGGCAAGAAGAAGCACCGUCGCAACCGGACGACCUUCACGACCUACCAGCUGCACGAGCUCGAGAGAGCGUUCGAGAAGUCCCACUAUCCGGACGUCUACUCCAGAGAGGAGCUCGCCAUGAAGGUCAAUCUCCCGGAAGUACGUGUUCAGGUCUGGUUUCAGAAUAGACGAGCCAAGUGGCGUAGACAGGAAAAAAUGGAAGCUGCGAGAUUGGGUUUGAGCGAGUAUCAUCACGCUGCUAAUAUGAGGAAUGUUGCCGGUCCGGCCUUAGGUUUGCCAGGAGAUCCUUGGCUCGCGCCGCCUGGACUGCUCAGUGCGCUUCCCGGUUUCCUCGCUGCGCCUCACACAGGAUAUCCCAGUUAUCUAACGUCUCCCAGACGAUUGCCGUCACCGCCAAAUGUCGGCGCCGUGACUAAUCCCGUUCCAGGAAUUGCACUGUUCGCAGGAUCGCUAGCCGGCAGUAUGGCGAGCAUAAGCGCCGGCGGCCACGUUCAACCACCACCGCCGAGUCCGCCAGGACACGAUCCUCGCACAUCGAGUAUCCAGGCAUUAAGGAUGCGAGCCAAGGAGCACGUCGAGAGCAUCACCAAAGGCCUGCAGAUGGUUUGAAGGUUAACCGAAGAUUCGCCAGGUGCGCGCACCGCUGCCGGCCUCGUGACAGCGUGACGAGCAAGCGAGCAACAACCCUUCCAGCCCAGACAUUCCAGAUCCCGAAGAGAAGAAUCGCCUGAGCAGCGAGAGCGGUAUGUCGACCGACGAGAGCGAGAGAGCUCGAUCCGUCAUAGGGAAAGAUCACCGGACGAAACGGAGCUGGACGUGACGUGAAAGUACAAGAGAUCUCGCGAGAGAAAGCCUAUCGUUCUGUUUGAAAAGAUCCUUGUUCUUGGUAUCGAUAGUUACCAAAGGAAAAAUCUAACAUUCAUUUUGGUGAGCAUUUUAGAUCAUCAAACAGACAAAUCUUGCAAUAAUCGAUGAUCGGCGCUUAUAGGUAUCUUCGACAAUUAUCAAGACUAUCAAUAUUAUAAAAUUGGCAGAUAUCUAUGAUGAAAUAAGCAUGUGUUCAUAAUUGAAAAUCCGGGCCGAUCAUCAAGAUAUUCCUCUGAAAUGAUUUUAAUCGGGAAGAUUUCAUCUCGAAUAUAAAAAAAAAAAACAUCAAAAAACGCGUGAGAAAUGUCUGCAAGAUUGAGAUGUUUCUCGGAAAUUUGUGUUAUUUGUGAUGUUUUUGAUAACUUUGACAACCAUAGAGACGCUACAAAUAGCCGCCUCCACAAAAAGAUCCGCGUGUUUGACGUGACAAAAUAAUUUUGCGCGGAAAAUCUGCUCAGAACUCGCUCUAAGUCGGCAUUGUGCAAUAUGCAAAUCAAAUUAUGUUGCGCAAGCUUGUCACAUACGUAGUUAAUAUAAAGAUGAAAAAGAUCAAUAUUUAUUAUCUUGCCAUUAUCGUCUUCAAUGUGUCACUUAUUACAAAUCUUGUAUUCCGAGUUUCACUCUAAAUUAUUUUUUAAAAUAACCGAGAAGAGAGAGAGAGAGAGAGAGAGAGAGAAAGAAAGAAAACAUUGCCAUAAAGAAAUUUGUAAAAAUUUAAAAAAAUUAAAAGUAAAAUAAAUACAAAACAAUAAAUAAAUUAUUAUAAAAUAUAUAAAGAUUUUUAAAGAACUAUAAAUAAUUGGCUCGAAAAAGAAAGAACUGAAA